AUGGAUAAAUUCAUAAAAUUAACUGAUGCUGUGGCAGAAUUUGAGGCCGACUAUAAUGACACGGCCCAAAUUGGCCACACAAAAUAUACCCUCACUCUUCAGCAAGAGGAACUUAAGGCAAUAUGGAGAAAGGUAAAAACAGCUUACGAAGAAUUAGUGCAUUCCGACACGUUAGACGCUAAAGGAGUCUCUACGGUUAAACCUAGGUAUAAGAGCUCCUAUUCUGUUUAUUUGCGCUGCAUGUCGAACAUGUCAGAUUUCCAGGCAAAGUUAGUCAAGGGCGAAAAAGAUACAGAGGGCGUGUCUGUCCAGGAACACAAUAUACAUCUGCCCCCGUGCGAUACGGACGUGUUCAAAGGCGACUACCUCUCUUGGCCAACAUUCCGAGACAUGUUUACGGCCAUAUAUAUACUGAAUAAGCGCCUUACCCCGGUUGAGAAAUUAUUCCACCUCAACCAAAAAACACAGGGGGAGGCCAAAGAUAUCGUACAAAAAUGCCCACUUACUAACGAGGGAUUUGCCACUGCAUGGAAAAAUUUAACUGAUAGGUACGAGAAUAAACGUAUUCUCGUAAACUCCCAGUUACAAAUUCUUUUUAAUUUAAAGUCGGUAGAAAACGAGUGCGGAAUCUCGAUUAAGAAACUACAGCGAGAUAUAAAUAAUUGCAUCUCAUCAUUAAAAAGCCAUAAAAUUGACAUAUCAAACUGGGAUGCAAUAUUUACUUAUCUCUGCUCAACGAAGUUGCCAGAAAGUACCUUAGCAUUGUGGGAACAAACGAUCGAGAACAAGACGGAAAUAUCCAAGUGGGAGGAUAUGGACAAAUUUCUGUCCAACCGAUUCCAAACUCUUGAAACCGUCUCGGGCAUAACAGGUAUUAAACAUACCAAAACCCCAAAGCCCCACAAUAGUAGGCAUACAAAUGAAACACCGCAAAAAAGACUUGGCGCAUUUCAAGCUUCUGUAGCCAAAACCAUGUGUGUAUUCUGCAAAAGCAGUAACCACAAAUUAUCGAAAUGCCACAAAUUUCUCGAACUCACGGUGUCAAACAGAAUAGCCUUCAUUAAGGAGAAUCGUGGCUGCUUGAACUACUUAUCCUUUGGACAUACUGUGUCAAGGUGUACGUGCUCAUUUAACUGCAGCACCUGUCACCAAAGGCACCACACGCUCCUGCAUAAUCAAGCAGCUCAGCCAAAAGCAGCCAUGAACCAAAGGCAACAACCAAAUUUUUCAGAUGACACGCCGUCAACUUCUGCGCAAGCCCAGGCCAGACGCAACUCUGAAAAAGGAAAUAGGAGUCCGGUUAAUAACGUUAAGUCCUGUUUUGCCAACACGAACAAGGGAGUCCUAUUAGGAACGGCACGUGUCAAUAUCUUCUUCAAUAAUACUAAUUUUUCAGCCCGUGCACAAAUAGACUCCGGUUCGGAAUGUUCAUUCAUAUCAGAAAGACUUAAACGCCGAAUUAACCUACCAUCCAAAAGUUUGAAUGCUCAGGUGUCAGGCAUCAACAACACCGUUUCAGCCCAAGUCAAAGAAGCGUGUUUAAUACAGCUGCGGUCACCGAUUGACCCUUUAAUAAAAAUAGAUACCACUGUCCUGGUUCUACCACAGCUUACAGGAAAUCUGCCGACUUGCCAGAUCAAUGCUAUGACAAAGCAAGCGUUGUGGGAUUUAGUAUUAGCUGACAAGAGAUUCUUCAUAAAUGAGCAAGUUGAUCUUGUACUAGGCGGCGAUAUUUACGCCCAAAUAAUAUUGAGUGGCAUACAGAAGAAUGUUUUAGGUACCCUGCUUGCGCAAGAGACUGUAUUCGGCUGGAUACUAACCGGUCAAACUGAGGCAACAGGGCCAACGAAUAAAUGCGUUUCAUUCUUCAACGAAGUCACUCUAGACAAACAAUUAGCGUCUUUUUGGGAAUUAGAGGACAUCCCAAAGAACCAUACAUACAACAGAGAGGAAGUUUACUGCGAGGACCUGUACAAACGCACAACUAAAAGGAACAAAGAUGGAAAAUAUACAGUAUCGUUGCCAUUCAAAAUGGAUUUUCCAGGGAGCGUACGGUUAGGACCCUCUCUCAAGAGUGCUUGCUCUCAAUUUUUUCGCAAUGAGACGCGUCUAGCAAAGGACCCACUCCUACAAACGGAGUAUAAUAGGGUACUGUCCGAGUACGAAACUUUAGGACAUAUGACGCGAAUUUCCAGCCAUAUUCAAGCUGAUGAGUGUGAAAAUUAUUUUUUACCUCAUCAUGCCGUCCGGAAGGAAGAGAGCACCACCACCAAAGUACGGGUGGUGUUCAAUGCGUCGUGUCCGACAGCUAAUGGGGUGAGUCUCAAUGAUGUGCUCCAUCCUGGUCCAGUCCUGCAAAAUGACCUCACCAUCUUAAUACUUCGGUGGAGAUUCUAUAAAUAUGUUUUUAAUAGCGACAUCGAAAAGAUGUAUCGCCAGAUUUUACUUAAUCCUACCGAUAACAAGUAUCAACGAAUAGUUUUCCGCACAAGCCCAACAGAACCAAUUAGUCUUUUUGAACUUAAUACGGUGACUUUCGGGGUCAAUUGCGCCCCUUACCUCGCGAUUAGAACCCUGCUCCAAUUAGCUGACGAUGUAGAACAGUCACACCCCAUGGCGUCGGACAUAUUAAGGAAUUACAUGUAUGUUGACGAUGUUUUAGCUGGCGGUCACACCAUCGAAGCUGCUAUCAAAGCAAAAACCGAAAUAACAAGUGCAUUGCAGUCUGCUGGGUUCCCCUUGAGGAAAUGGACGUCCAAUUGCAAUGAAAUAUUAAAGGGAAUACCAAAAUCCCAUCUACUGAAAGAAGACUUCUUGGACUUUGAAGACACUAGCACAGUCAAAGCUUUGGGUAUCAGGUGGAAUGCCCACUCUGACAAUUUUUACUUUACAGCCAAGCCAAUAGAGGAACAGGUUAGCUAUACUAAAAGGCAAAUACUAUCGGCUAUUGCCAAAUUAUUCGACCCUCUAGGAUGGCUUGCACCAGUGAUAAUUACUGCGAAAAUUUUAAUGCAGAAUAUCCGGCUCGAAGGACCAUGA